AUGGCACUCACAGAUUUAUCCACUCUGCUUGCAGAAAUGAGCCCAACCUUGGGAGUUGAAGGUGAAGUCGUUUUUGCUACCUCCAAGAGCUUGUCGAUGAGACAAGCGGCCGAGUUGGAUCCAUGGAUGCUUUUUCGAGAAGAAGAGGGCUUGACCCUCAUCCUGCCGAAGGCAAUAGCUGAGAAACACGACCUUGUGCAUGAAGGCCCCUUCUGCCGCAUUACUCUGAUGGUCCAUUCCAGUCUUGAGGCGGUGGGACUCACAGCUGCGGUGGCCAAGGCCUUGAGCGAUGCAAACCUCAGUGCCAAUGUGGUUGCUGCAUUCCACCAUGACCACAUCUAUGUGCCGGCUCCGGAGGCCCCACGCGCUGUGGAGGUCCUGAAAAGCCUGGCAGAGAAAAGUCGCGCCGGCGCCUUGCGCCUCAAGGGCGCGCGUGCAGAUUUUUUGCUGGUUGUGGGAUAUGUGCCAGUGGAGCCCAGCAAUCAAGCGCAACGGCGUGGAGUCCAUGCAUUGUUUUCCUGGCUGGAUCGCCUCUUGUCGGAUGCUCCAGUGCGGACAGUUCCUGUUCUGUUACUGGAUGCCAACGGCCGGACAGGGCUACACAGAGCAGGCCCAGGGCCGUGGCAAGUACUGCCAGGCAAUGAUGCUGCGGUGGGUGCAUGGGGUGCCGAGGUGGAAAACUACAACGGCUCCAAGCUACACGAGUUCAUGUUGCAACAUCAUUUGGCAGCAACCAACACUCACGACAGGCACGGAUGUGGCAAAACGUUUCAUGGCGCCCACCAUGCCUCUCGUAUUGACUAUGUCUUGGUUCCUGCUGGUCUCUUGCCACAUGUCUGCAAAGUUCGAGUUUGGUAUCGGAGUGCCUUUCGCCUGCAGCUGGUUGACAGCCCUGCACUCCGGGACCAUUGCCCAGUGGUUGCUGACUUUCGGUACGAGAUCCACUUUGAUCACAAAGUUUCGGAGCAAAGAUGGGACUUUUCGAAGUUGGCCGCAGCCAUCCAAGGCUCUGAUUGCAAAACGCAAUUCCUUCAAGAAGCCGAACGUGGGUUGCAGCAGGUUCAACUCCAGCAAAAUGGAACAGCUCCACACACUGUGGCUGCUGCCUGGCGACAGCUCAACAAUGUGGUGUGCUCAACAGCGCAGAAGCACUUUCAGCUUGCGCCGCCUGGCCGCGCUCGCAAACCAGCUGAUACAGUUCACGCUGCUGAACAGGCAUUGGCGGCCAGACUGCGCUACCGAGAUGCAGUGCAGAGCUCGCAACAUUCCCCAAGAGACAUUCUGCCACAGCGUUUUUACUGGCGUGUGUGGAUGGCCCAUGUGCGUUUUGUGCAAUUGCAACGGCAAGCAAAACGGCUCUGCCGCCGGGACAAAAGAGCACGUCGCUCUGAGUUGGUGGAACAACUGGCGUCUGCGGCUCGCCGGAGCGAUUUGGCUCUGCAAUGGAAAUUGGCUUACCAGCUGGCUGGGGGCAGCCACGGGCCCAAAAAGCGGCGCUACAACAUGCCGCAGAGGUUCCGCCCUACAGCUUCUGAAUGGGUGGAAGAGUUGGUGCAAUCCGGCCCUGCAGGUGGUUGUUCAGCUCGCACACUCAACGCAUUUUCCACAAGCGAAGUGGUUUCUGGAAUGGAUGUGGGCACAGCCACCUUGGGUUCUUUUGCUGAUUACAAUGGCUCACCAAUGUCCAUCCCUCCGGUGCAAGUUGAGGUCCAUGCUGAAACUUUGGCCAACGAAGAUUUUGCGGGUCUUUGCGCAAGUGUUCGCAGCCUGCGGCGUGGCCGCUCGGUGCCGGAGUGGAGUGCUCCUGCGGAAGUUUGGCGACUCCUUCUAUUUCCUGCAGAGCAUCUCUCCCAGGGGCACACUUUGCCUCCUGGCACGCAUGGCAGUUGUGAAGGGUUGCUGCGCACCUUGCUCUAUUUGGUGCGACGCAAUCAAGAAGUGCCUUGGCUAUGGGAGCAGGCAAUACUGCAACAACGGUCUCUCAACUGGAAAUUGCAGAAAACUGGCCAGAGCCGGGUUAGUGUGCUCUAUGAUGUCAAAAACGCGUUUCCAUCACCAUCGCACGCAAGCUUGGACCUGGCUGUUUGUUCCAAUUGCCGACCUGCGGACGCAAAUUUGCUUUGCUUGCGCCACCGUGCUGCUUUCAUUCUGGUGCGCGACCCUUUCAAACCUGAAUUUACAGUGGUUCAGAUUGGUUGUGGCAACUUGCAAGGUGACCGGGUGGCUCCGUCUCAAUUUUUGGCGGUAUACCACCCUGCUCUGGACGAGUGGAAUGACAGAUGCAGGCGCAUGGAGCAUGGUGGUCAGUUUGUACUUCGGGACCCUGUUUCUGGCUUGCAAGUGGACACAGCGCUCAGCACAUUUGCAGAUGACGUUGCUAGAACUCAUGUGGUUCCUCGCAUUGCUGAUUUUUCACCCACCAUGCAAACCUUGGACUCGCAUUUUGAUGCGUGCUUGGGUCGGCUUCACAUGGGCCAAAACCAUGACAAAAAAGAGCUUUUGGUCCGCCUUAUGGGCAAAGGGGCCCAGCUGGCAAUGCAGCGCAUUUACCACGGACACAUACAAGUUCGUGGCCGCUGCCAAAGAGUGUGCAAAUACUUGGGCAGUCUCCUUCACCAUUCUGGAGCCACAUCCCCUGAAGUCUCCAAUCGCAUUGCUGUGGCCAAGCGAAAUUGGGCAAUCAUGCGCAAGUUUUGGUUCACGCGCGGGGUUGCUGCAUCUCAACGGCGGUUGGUCUUCUUGGCUAUGGUGGUGUCUCCUUUGUACUCAGGUAUUGAAACUCUGCAGACUCAUGAUGGUGACAAUGUCCGACUUGGAAGAGUGCUUGCCGCUCUGGCUCGAAAAUUUUGCCAAGGACGUGCCUGCCUCAAGCCACACGAAGAUGCUCACGGCCACCAUCGCAGCUUGUCAAAUUCGGCUGUGUUUGAACUUUUGCAAAUCUUUCCGCCUGCCUGGGAGCGCCGAGCCCGCCGUCUUCUCUGGUGGCAAAGCAUCGCCCGGCACCCUGGCGACAAUGUGUCGCUACUGGCCACAGUUUUUGGACAAUAUGGCUGGGAAAAUGGGCCGCCUAUUGGGGUGGAUGGGAGAGUCACUGCUCUUGCAAACCCAUGGCUGCGGGAACUGGUGGAAGAUUUGGACAAGUUGGGUGAGCCAAAUUUGGUGGCUGACCAGCCACUGUCGAUUUUUUUCAUCCUUGCAAAGAUUUGUUUGUCAAUCUUCCUAUCAGGACCCUGCUGGUGCGUAAAUACAGAGAGGAGUUGGCAGCGCUUGGACUUGCGCCAGUGGAGAAUGCAGAUGAGGUGGCGCCUGUGGGUCCGGCUCCACUUCGUUGUGACUGGAUUGGUGCAGAUGGGGCACAGUGUGGCUACACCGCGCAAUCCACAACGGCCCUUUCCACACACAGACAUCGCCUUCAUGGUGUGCGCAUCACUGCACGACAAAUUGUGGUUUGCAAUCAGUGCCCGUGGUGUCGUAGGAUCUUUGCUUCCGUUGAGAUUGCCAAACGUCAUGCUCAUGCCCGUGUCAAAAAAGGGCACUGCCCUCGACAAGGGGGGAAUGCUGCUGGCAUGGUGGAGCAAUUGCGUCCCCCUCCAACUUUUCGAUGUCCAGUCUGUCCUCAUGAAGCAGUUGAUUUGGAAACCUUGCAGACACAUGUGGUGGGCCACGUCCCCGCUGGCCAACAUGUUUUGCACCAGUACCUCAUUGCGGCUCAGCAGUAGUUGGAAAGUAGAGACCGAGCCUUCAGCCAUGGACUCUUGGUUCGGCGCCGCCCCCAAUGGUGCAGGUGCUGAACGGCAGGUGCGACCUCGCACCGGCCGAAGCUCCAAGGACAAUGAGCAGCUCUUGACUGCUGAGGGUGCGUAUGCUCAGGCUGCUUCGGCCGCCGGCCAGACAUAUGCGCAGAGAGCUCGCGCUGCGGGAAAGAAUCACACCCUGGGACAGCCGUCUUCGUGGGUAUGGGCUGCUUUGACCCAAGCCGCCUUGAAAGACGAAGCCCUGUCUGAGGAGAAGCGUGCCAUGGUGAAGCAACAUUGUGAUUCUGUCACCGAUCCGGCUGUGCUGAGCGAUCAGGUCCUCUACUGUCGAGUGUCCAAAGUAUAUGACCAGACCAAGGUUCGUCUCCAGAUCUCGGUCGCUCCAGGUGCUCUGAGUGAUGUGCUGACUGUCUUGCAGGAUGGCAUGGAAAAAAGUGGAGGUUUGCGCAAAGAUGGCCCAGUGGAUCACGGCCGACUGAGGUCUUGUUCCAUUGUAAGUGCCUGCUUGUGCCUCGCCGUGGAGCUAGGUUUCACUCAGGCUAAAGGCUGCAAAAGACCAAAGGAGCGCAAAGGUGUUUCGUUGACCGGUCGCUGUGGUGCUCGCAGAAACAAAAAGAUGGCGGGCAAAAGCAGAAGGACAAAGUUCUUUGCACAGCGGCAACAGCUUCCGUGGCCAGCUCCAGCCACUGCAUUGGUGGCAUGCAUUCUAUUCCCCUGCACAGUGGCGCUCAGAGCACUGCAGGCUUGCAUCUCUUCGGGCAUUAUCUCAGUUGUGCAGACGCCCUUGCCGCCGGUGACCUUCCCGUGGAUCGCGUGGCCCAUUUUGAUGAUGAGAGCCUUGUGGUUUAGACACUUGGAGGGUGCGUGGUUCACCUCGGCAGCUGUCACCGGGCGCGCCAUCGCCGCGGCGGCCUUGCUGGGGGUGCUGGACGGCUGCAGCUCGUCCUUGGAUUUCUUCGUGGUACAGGGAUGUGGCAACACCGCCACCAGGCAGGGUAUCGUCCUGGCCAUUCUUCGUGCGCUGGACAUUCCGUUGGCCGCGGGAUUCUCUGCAGUGAUGAUCGCAUAUCAAGCAAAAUUGUCAUAUCCAGCGACAGUUACCAACGCAGUGCUCUUCUCCCUUCCCACUGCUUUCGGCCUUGCCUCGGCCUCGAUCCUCGCCUCCUUCGGCGAAGAUCUCAGCGUCCCCACAGCCUUUUCGACGAAGAGCUGCGGCGAGAAUCUGCUCUUUGCAGCCGUGGCGGCGGCGGCGCUGUGUCGGGCGUUUAGGUGCGCAGCUGGGGCAUUUCUGCUGCAACGUGCUGGCGUGGAGAACUCGGUGGGUGGUCUAUUCUUCGUGGGUGGCUUCAGUGGUUUCUUUGGGUCAAUGCUGGUGCUGCCCAUGAUGUUGGGCCAGAGUCAUUUGGCUUCUUUCAAGGCGGGCAAUUGGAGCGACGUCAUCACACCCUUUCCGGCGUUGCCGGGGUUAGACAAUGGUGAGCUUUGGAGCUUGGAUUUUGCCGUGAUGACAGGUGCCGUUCUCUUCCUGGGUACUGCAGACACCGUUUCAAGACUCGCGGUGCUUCGGCACUCGGACACGCUGACGGCCGCCUCACUGGAUGCGGGGCUGAUGCCCCUGGCCACCCUCAUGGCACGCGCCUGCGGUGCAUCAUUCGGGCUUGGUGCCACCCUACCCACGGAGGCCUUGGCCCUUGUGGUGCUUCUCUUCAGUUUCCUGGUUCAACAUCAGCUGGCUUGGCGCAACUCGGAAGUGUCCAGCCUCGACAGUUUGACGCGUGCGCCGGUGCUACUGGGCCGUGCUGUAUAUGGACCGGAAGGGCGCCGCAAGCUGCGGGAUGUGUGA